AUGUCGCUCAAAAACCUCCUGAAGAAGAAAGACAAGAUAAAGGAUGAGGGCACCGCGCCGGCCCCCAGCCCCACCCAAUCCCCGACCGUACCAGAGUUCACCUUCAUGCGCACGACGACGACCACCCAAGAGGAGAUUGCACCCCCAACCUUUCCCGGCGACGCGCCCCGCCCGCAGUCCCCAGAAGCCCACCCGGACCACAAGCGGCUCAGCAGCCGGUUUCGCAGACACUCGAACGCGGCGCAGCAUCAGAGCGUAGAUGAGGGCAAGAAGAACGACCGCCGGCUUUCUGAGCGGCUGCACCUCUCGCGCGACCGCAGCUCGAGCUCGGUGAACGUGCCUGAGGACCUGCCGAGCAUUGAGAAUACGGUGGCCAAGACGGUGGACGAUGAAGCGAGCUGGGAGAAGCGCGCGACGCUGCUGGCGAAGGGGAAUUCGGUCAGUAGGCACAGUAGUGAGGCGGCGCUGGCAGAGGGCGGGGGAGGGGUGCCGCGGGGAAAGAGGAGUAGGAGUGUGAGCGUUAGUGACGCGGGUGGUGAUGUCAACAUUCAGGAGGCUAUUAGGUUGCAUGAAGCUGGAGAAUAUGAUCAGUCGACUGUGAUGUUUGGGAAAUUGGCGGAUCCCAAGGGCGCAAACAAUGCGCUGAGCCAGGUCCUAUAUGGGCUUGCCCUAAGACAUGCCUGGGGCUGCACAAAGAACGAGGAGCUCGCCGUCACGUACCUCUCCUACGCCGCGUCCAACAGUGCCGACGUCGAGUCGCUUGCUCUAGCAGCAGGCAUGAAGAAAGGGGGUGCUGCCAAAGGAGAGCUCACGCUCGCCAUAUUCGAGCUGGGCAACUGUUUCCGCAAUGGCUGGGGGGCGAAGAAAGACCCCGUGGCCGCAAAGCAGUACUAUGAGACGGCGGCGAACCUCGGAGAUACAGACGCGAUGAAUGAAGUAGCCUGGUGCUAUUUGGAAGGUUUCGGAUGCAGAAAGGACAAGUUCAAAGCCGCGCAAUUCCUGCGCCUCGCCGAGUCCAAGGGGAGUAAGAUCGUAGGCAACACCUGGUAA